AGGCGUGGUUACAAUAACUUACAUCCGGUUGUCCUCGUGUUGAAGAGUUGGAGGUCCUAAAACUCAAAAUUCCUUCAAAGUCCUUGCACAGUUUCCCAUUGUUUACUGAUAUUUUAACUAGCUAUAUUUGAGAGAAAGAGAGCCUGGCCAUGUCUGGUACUAGAGAUAAUCGUGGUGACCGGAUCAUAGUCAAGAAUUAUCCUACUGAUACUACGAGAGGGGAUCUACAGAUAAUGUUUGAGAAAUACGGAAGGAUUGAUGACUUGUACACUCCUAAAGAUAGAGACUCUGACAAGCCGAGAAACUUUACCUUCAUUAGAUAUCGGAGACCAGAGAACGCAGAGGAAGCAAUCCGUGGGAUGAAUGGGAGGGAGAUUGAUGGCCAUAAGCUUCAGGUUGAGUUUGCCUACAAAAGUUCCGGGGGUCCUAGAGGUAACUUUGAUAGAGGUUCACGUACUCAUAGAGACGAAGGGAGGAGCAGGAGAAGGAGCUUGUCUCCUCCAAAGAGAUACAGAAGCCGUAGCCCCUCACCUAAGGACCGGUAUCGGGGUAGAGAAAGAGAGAGUGAUCAUCAUCAUCAUUCGAGAUACCCUGAGCGUGAUGUAGUGUAUGUUGCUGAAGUACCGGCAUACGGUGGUAACAACCCACCACCACACCAGUUCUCUAUGCCCUAUCCUCCCGUCCCUCCUCCUGGUGGACCCCCUAUUUCAGUACCUGUUAGAAUGUUUGAAGGACCCACUCCUGUUCCCGGCCUCCCACCGCCCCCUAGUCAUUUUCCUCCUCCCCCAGGGGGGCCACUGCCACCUCCCCCUCAGUCUGUACCUAGACGAAAGGCAUUACUAGACACACCUCAUAACAGAGGCCCUCCUCCUCCCCCUGGGGGCAGGCAUUUUGAAAGUUCUCGUGGAGGUCCUCCAGGACCCCCACCUAAUCAAUUUGGUCACCCUCCUCCUCAUAAUGAAGGUGGGUCUUAUGGGCGUGGCCCUCCUCAUAUGGAACCUCCUCCUCAUUAUAGUGGAGGUGGUCCCCCUCAGUCACGUGAUCCAUAUUCUUCUGGUCCUCCUCCUCAUCAUCAGGGAGGAGGAGGAGGAGGAGGAGGAGGUAGGGAUCACUCUUAUAGGGAUCCUCCUCUUCCUGGCGGUACAGGACCACCUCAAUCAAGAGGGCCCUCGCAUCAAUAUGACCAGUACAGGGACCAGCCUCCAAGAGGUUACUAUGACAACCAGUAUGCUUCUAAUGCUCCUCCCCGCCCUCCCUCAGGGGGUGGGGGUUAUCCCAAUAAUGAGAGCUAUAGGUCUCAGGCCCCCUCAGGUACUGGGAAUGGACAAUACAGACAAGAAUACGAGAACAGGGGUUCUCAGAACAACUACUACCAGACCCCUUCACAUAAUGAGAGCCCAGACUAUAGAGAUGGUUACAGGAACGCUGGCCCUCCGAUGUCAAGGGGACCUUAUAAUAGCCCCCCACGGUCUAAUAUGCCCCCUCCUCAGACCGGGCCCAAUAAUAAUACCAGGGACUAUAACUACAAUAGCAACACUAGGCCUAGGUAUGAUUAUGAUAAUACCAGACCAUCUCCAAGGGGCCCUCCCCCUAGUAAUAAUUAUCGUGAAGAGACCAACAGAGACUAUUACUCUACAAACCAUCCUCCGUCAAACUUUGGUCCUCCUCAUCCACCCCCUCAAAGAUCACCCCCUCCUCCUUUCUCUAGCCGAGGAGGAGGAGGAGGAGGAGGUAGUUUUCCCAUUAGACAUUCCUCUCCGCCCCCACACAGCAGACCAACUCAUGGCAAACCAGUACCCGAGACAAGGAAUGAGUAUUACGUGACGCCAGAACGUGACUCAAGGGGACACGAGUCUCGUUUUGAAGGAGGGGGAGGGAGUAGGAGGUAUGGUAACACUCCCAGCAGUGGAGGGUAUAAUGAAACUGGAUAUGAUCGUUCAAGCAGCAGUACUGGAUACAACAGCAGCAGCGGUGGUGGUGGUGGUGGAGGUAUGUUGUCUUAUUCUCAGCAGCAGCAACCUCAGGAGCUCAAGACUGGAUAUACAGUGACUGUUAGAGGCAGUGGGACUGAUACUGGACGAGGCAAUAGUAGCAGUGUUGGAGGUAGAGGAGGAAACAGCUCGUUUUCUAGUCCUUCAAAAUAUUCUUACUCAAUGUCCUCAUUCUCAACCGGGUAUGGGUCUAAUACUAACAGUGGCGGACCUGUGUCACCUGAUGCUGCUGGAGGAGGAGGAGGGAGUGCUGGACAGCAGAGAUCAAUUCUUGGACCUUCUCCUGGUGGCUCAUCCAGUGGUUCUAGAGCUGGUACUAACACCGGAUAUAAUCCAUCAGGGCAGAGUUAUACUAAGCCUGGUCCACCUUUUUAGGUGCUCAAUCAGUUAGCUUUAGUCUCUACCUCCCUCCUUCCUAACAUUUUCAUGACGUUCUCUUAUGUAAAUACUAUUUUUGUUUUGUAAAGUAGUUCACAGACUAGCAACAUUGCAUGUGCUCCAUUUAAUCGAAACUUUCUACAUUUUUUUUCAUAGGAUUUCAUUUGCACUUUAUCGUUUGCAUUAUUUUUUGUGAAUUUAAUGUUGUCAUUAUAUUUGCACAUGCAUCUAUUAUGUGCUAUUUUGAUUUACUUAUCAAUAAUAAUCAAUAUUAA